UUGAAGAGCAUUUUCUGGGGUGUAAAUGGGAAGUUCGUGGACGCCUCGUAAAUUCCCGUAACAUUCUAUCGAUAUUUACACUUCUCUAGAUCUUUCGCAGAUUUUCACACGCUUCAGUAGUCGCCUCUGUUGUCAAUUAAGUAUCAAAAUUAUUCACCGUGCUUCCACAAAACCGCGCCUUUUCAGUUCAGAGCGCGACGGAAAUCGAAAAAUAGAGUGCUUGGGUAUCACGAACGACCACGAGAUCACGGAAUAAUCACAAACCCUCCUGGAUUAAGGGAGCACAUCGUUCCAUCCGUUGGUUCAUUUACACACUUUUUCGCUAGGUUGGAAAUAAGGAAUAUUUUCUUGAUUUACGAUGAAAGCCUGUUUAAGGUGGUGUUGCCCGUGCUGUUUACGUGGUGAACCCGAAGAAAAACAGCGUGUUAAAGUCGCAUACGGCGUCGCUAAGGACUCGAACGCGGACGAAAACGUUAACUUGCUAAAACCCGAAGAGCUGCCGGAAGACACCGUGAAAGAAAACGGAGGCACAGUGGUGAAAUCUGAUAGCGACGAAGAGGUUCAAAAAGAAGAGGAUACUAAAGAAGACGUAGACAUAGAGGACGAAGACGACGACACUAUGUGGUACACGGACGAAAACGGACGGCGUGUACGGCGUGUGCUGACGACAGUAACAACUACUUCGACGAAAACAACAUCUGAGAACGGCGACGAUGGUAAACACCUGACGAGGGAUGUACUACAAAUGGAAGGUAAUUAUGGAGGAGUCGACAAAGAUGAGGAUGUGGAAGUCAGGGAGUUCGUGGAUGAGAAUGGCCGGAAAGUUCGACGAAUAAUUAAAAAGACGAUUGUAACAACAACAACCACGAGGAAGACGACAUCUAACAACGAUGGACCCAGCAACAAAGAGAUAAGCAGUGGAGAAGUGCCCUUGCAAUUUGGCAGCAAGCCUCCAGUACAUGAAGUGAGCAAGAUGGACUUGGACAUCAGAGGGCAGCCGUUUGGAAAUCACGAUAUCAAGUUUACAACCAGAGGCCAUACGACAAUCAGUACUGAGUCGACAGGAGGGAACAAUCACGGAAACAGCACAUCUUACCAUCGUUCAGUCUUCACCAAGACGAUCGGAGGCGAUGGAGGCACGACAGUAGUCGAGCACUCUACGAAGAGUUUCGGACGUGGCGACGACCACCCGAUAACAGCUGUGACGAAGGAAUCUCGUAUUCAUGUUCCAGAGUGGAUGGAGGAAAAGCCUUUGCCCGAAUCAACACGACGAAGCCAUGGAACUUCAGACAUUAGUGUUCACUUAAAUUACCCAAGAGAUUUCACACCUAAGAAGGAACCAGAACCUGUAGCUAACGAAAGCAGGAUCAAUCCCCAAGUUGCCAAACGGGAAAAACCUGUUAUCGAUAUCCUGAGUCUUUGGGACGUGGUCAGGGAGAAAGAGAAAGAGAAAAAAGAAGAGAAACCGCCAUUACCUCAACCACAUCCCACUGAGGAAGAAGAGGAAGAGGAAGAAGAAAGUGAAGAAGAAGAUGAAGAAUAUGAUGAAUUUGAGGAGGAGAUAGUUGUAUUGGAAGUACAGAGAAAGCCACGCUACCACAGGGGUCUGGAAAUUCCCAAAGAUGAACCAGAGAAGGAUGUGAUCCCUGUGGAGGAUCUCCUAGCAGUUCCAGUAUUAGAAAAGUUACAAGAAAGUGCCCCCAUAGAUUUCAUUGAAGAGGAAAAAGUCGAAGCUGUAGAACGCCCGCCAGUUAACGAAUCUCCGUUGGACUUUUCCAGUUUUGAAGAUUAAUUUCGAAGGAACAUUGCUACUUUUGGAAAAUACUAUGUAGCUAACACAGUGAACAAAGGCGAACGUAACUGACAAUUCACAUACGUAAAACUGAACGGGGAGAAAUUUAAGACUAUGUUAAGCUUUUUAAGAACACUUGGGAACUGAAAUGUAAAACGAUGGCCAUUAGAAAAAAGAUGCAAAGGGAUUUAGACAAAUAAAUAUUUCAUAUUUAAGCCGCGAAAGCUUUAGCGCUCCACUUCUGACAUUUUAGCAAUUUCAACUUGAACCUUGCUCAGUUGCGAUGAUUUUUAAUCUAAUCAAAGUAUGACAAUAACUGGUUCACUUGAUGGUGGAUCAAUUUUUCACAUAAAUAUCCACUGACUACCUGUCACUAAUAAUGUAGAACUUAAAAUCAUAAUAACAGAGUGACUUUCCACGCGACAGAAAUACAAAACUGUCCAGUUAAAUUAUCAAAACUGCUGAGGUAAUCACAGAAAGAACGCAUGCGCGGGAAAUGUGUGUGACAAAGUUUCCGAUAGGCUUUGGUAUUGUAAGCAUGUAAUUGGCUGAAAUGGUACGAACUGAAUGUCAGCCAAUCAGCAUAAUAUGGCAAAACUAAAGUAUUAGGGGAUACCUUUGCUUUAAUCAAACGAUUCAUUUUUAAAAAGUAGAAUUGAUUCAAACUAUCACAAUAAACAUCUUUUAAAAUCCA